UCUUCUCAAUGGCAGCAUGAGAAUGAAAGAGCUGGCGUAGCUGCAGCAUCAGCCUAUCAGCGCGCGGCACCGCAGGCGCUGGAUGACGACAAUGGACAAGGCUCGUGCCAUUGGACGGUGGAGAAACAAUGCAGCACACGCAGCCAGGCAGACCGACACAGACAGGAGGAUAUGCUCUUCUCCAACUGGGAAUAAACCACUGCUCCCAGUUUGACUGACUAUAUAUAUGCGUGCCUAGUUAUUAUAGAAGGUGCUACCAGUCUUUUUUUUAAGAUUUUUUAAGGUUAAAUAGGUUUAAAGUAGAGAUAAAUGAAGAAGAGACAGCUGAAGAUGAGCUCUGACCCUGGUCCAGCCUUCAUCCUCUGAGAGUCUCAAUGACUCAUUGAGCUCAGAGAGAUGAGAGGUCUGGAGGAUGAUGCAGACAAAUCAUAACGUUUGACCUUUAGUUUGGAAAAAAUGACCAUGAUGAUCCUCAACUUCAGCUCUAUCGCUGGACUCCUGCUCACUCUGACUGGUCUGUCUGCGUACACACUGACACAGGAGAAGUCCAUGUCAGUGACCCUGAAGAGCACAGUGAAGAUACUCUGCACUGCAGAAGAUGAUACUAAUUACAUUUCAUGGUACCAACAGAAAGCUGGUGCUGGUCCUCAGUUUUUGCUGGUUAACGAUGAUAGAGCAGAUGAUUUACCCAGCAGAUUCACCUACACCGACUCAGGCAACCAGGACUAUCUGAACAUCAACGGAAUAGAAGCUGAGGAUGAAGCCACCUACUACUGUGGCUGCUUUAACAGUGCACACAAUACAACUUUUGGCCAAGGCACGACUGUCGUGAUCUCUGACCUGCGUCCAGCGUCUCCUCCAUCAGUGGUCCUGCUGUCCCCCUCUCAGUCGGGCUCCUCUGGAGGUGAGGUCAGUGUGGUCUGUGUGCUGCAGGGCUUCUACCCUGACAGCGUCACUCUGUCCUGGGCUGAGGACGGCAGAGCCGUGGCCGAUUCUGAGGUCCAGACCGGACCGUCCCGGCGCCGGGCCGACGGCACCCUGUCCCAGAGCAGCGUCCUGAAGCUGAGCGCGGGACGCUGGAGCUCCGGACACGCCUUCACCUGCAGAGUGACCCAUCCUGCACUGACCAGCCCACUGACCAAGAGCACCAGUGCAGCACAGUGCAGCUAGAGCCAUCACAUAAUAAUACACUCACAUACAUUUAAUAUAGCACGCUAAUGCUAAUGCUAACACAGCUAGCUAGCUAUGUAUUUGUUUAUAAAUAAAAGUUACGAUAGAGGUAUAUGGUUUAUUUACUGUGCUAUGCUAUGCUAGUAUAAUAAUAAU